AUGUAUCAUAAUGAAAAAGAAUAUCUACGUCAAAUUGCUACAGCUAGCGAAGCAAUUCGACGUAAGCAUCGACUGUUUAAGUUAGGAAAAGAAGAUGCUGAAAAUGUGUCACACCAAACCUUCAAACCUAUAGUUGAACCUCUGCAAAAAAUUAUUACCAUAAAUGACAUUAAAAGUGAAAAUGCCAAGACAGAAAAGAAAGAGGAGAAAGACGAUGAUAGUUUGAAUUAUAUGAGUGCUGAUGAAAGUGAAACAAUAAUUCCAGACCUUGAGUAUGACAAAGUACUAAGUAAAUAUAUUUAUUUGGUGAAUCAUAACAGAAAGCAAUGUUUAGAUUUAGUUUAUGGAGUGCGUAAAGUUAGAGACGGAUUACUUGUUAUUGGUGACACGCCAAUAAUUUUUAAAGAUCACUUUAUGAAUGUUGGCGAUAAACGUUUUAAUAUUACCUCUGGAUUACUAGAACUUUUAUUUAAAAAUAAACCAGAGCAAUCAUACAUUAGUGAAGAUGAUAUGAAUAAUUAUAAACAAAUUCUCAUCACCUCAAAUGCACACAGAAAGAACUAUAGUUCCUCUGAACCUAUUCACAUGAGUAAAAGUUUUAAAUACAGUAAUAUUAUUUCAAGACUUUUUUCUCACAAUGAAACUCUAAACACUGGCAGUUCACUUCCUAAAUUUAUGAUUACAAAAAGAAAUUUUAAACCAGACUACAUCUAUUGGGAUGACCCGAAUGAAUUAGUUGAUCGCUUGAGACUACUUACAGCCUCUCGAACAGCUGGUAAUACAGGUCAUGACAAUGAAAUUAUGUCCAUUAUUGAAGAGUUACGUGAAGCUGAAAUUAUAUAUUAA